AUGGGUUUGUCUAUUUCGAAGUUGCUCCAGGGCCUAUUUGGUCGCAAAGAAAUGAGAAUCUUGAUGGUGGGUCUCGAUGCUGCCGGAAAAACCACCAUUCUAUAUAAGUUGAAAUUGGGCGAGAUUGUCACCACAAUUCCAACAAUUGGUUUCAACGUCGAAACCGUGGAGUACAAGAACAUCUCCUUCACCGUCUGGGACGUUGGUGGACAAGAUAAAAUCAGACCAUUGUGGAGACACUACUUCCAAAACACACAGGGUAUCAUUUUCGUUGUCGACUCCAACGACAGAGAUCGUAUCUCUGAGGCCAGAGAGGAACUGCAAAGAAUGUUGAACGAGGACGAGCUGAGAGAUGCAUUGUUAUUGGUUUUCGCAAACAAACAAGACUUACCAAACGCCAUGAAUGCUGCCGAGAUCACAGAAAAACUGGGUCUGCAGUCCAUCAGACCAAGACCAUGGUUUAUCCAAGCGACCUGCGCCACCUCCGGUGACGGUCUGUACGAGGGUCUCGAGUGGCUGUCUACUAACUUGAAAAAUGGUAACUAA